AUGGAGCAGCCUGACCUCUAUAGCGCUGACGGCUUACUAGCCGACGGCAUACUUGCAAUGCAUGAGAAUCUGGCCGCAGCAGUUGAGGAUGCACUGGGAAGACCGAUUCCGGAAGUUGAGAUCUCCUUCCGCGACUUGAAGAUUUCGGCGCGUCUACCGCUGGCGAAACCAGGUUCGGAAGGACCUCAAGUUCCCACGAUUUGGACUCAAGUUAAACACGGAGUACUAAAGUGUUUCUCCAACCAAGAAACAGCCGAGAAGGAGAUCCUGCGGGGCAUCACUGGAGUCUUCAAGCCGACUCGCAUUACGUUGGUACUGGGGCAACCUGGUUCCGGCAAGUCGUCAUUGCUCAAGAUGCUAAGCGGGCGUUUCCCCAUGAGCAAAACCAUCGAAGUGUCCGGAGAGAUCACGUACAAUGAUGUCCAGCGAGCAGAGGUGCUAAGCCGCUUGCCGCGGUUCAUCGCGUACACGAACCAAAAGGACGAUCACUAUCCGCAACGCACGGUGCAGGAGACGUUUGCGUUCGCUCAACGAUGCUGUGGAGGCGCCACUCUGGAGCCAUGGGUGCUCAAAGCACUAGACAAGUGCAAAAAAGAUCAACACGAACGUGCAGUUAAACUCAUGACGGCACAACACAAGUUUGCUGCGGAGAUCCGAGUGAAGUCUCUUGGUUUAGAUCGCUGCAAAGACACCAUAGUAGGCAACGCCAUGAUCCGUGGCGUGUCGGGCGGCGAACGCAAACGCGUCACCACCGGUGAAAUGACGUUCGGCCGCAAACGAGCGCUGUUGUUGGACGAGAUCAGCACCGGACUGGACGCUGCCACCACGUACGACAUUGUCAAUUCAGUCAGAAGCUUAACUCGACACUUGAAAGCCAACAUCGUCGUGUCUCUGCUACAGCCGCCACCCGAAGUGUUCAACCUCUUUGACGACGUCUUGAUUAUGAAUGACGGACGCAUCAUGUACCACGGGCCGCGUGAACAAGUCCAGGAGUACUUUGAGAACCUCGGCUUCCACUGUCCUCCUCGCAAAGAUGUGGCGGACUUCCUACUGGACCUCGGGACUGAAAAGCAACACGCCUAUGUCAAAGGUGACUUCACAGAGAGUAAGGUCCCACUCGAGUCGGUGGAAUUCGCAGAGCGCUUUCGUCAGUCCGGUAUCUUCCAGAACUCGUUGACCUACAUGAGGAUACGAAGCAACCACCAAUCGGAUGUCUUCGACCCGAUUAAGGACCCGUGUGUGUUUCGACAGUCGCUUCUCCAAGACCUCGUCACGGUAUUCCGUCGUCAAUGUAAGAUCAAACUCCGGGACAAGACUUUCCUCUUCGGACGGUGCUUUAUGGUUCUGGUGAUGGGUCUGCUCUACGGCUCUGUGUUCUGGCAAAUGAACGAUUCCAACAGCCAGCUGAUCCUCGGAUUGCUCUUCUCGUGCACCUUGUUCAUCUCAAUGGGGCAGGCAGCUCAGCUGCCCACGUUUAUUGAGGCCCGCAGUGUGUUCUACAAGCAACGCGGGGCCAAUUUCUUCCGAUCGCUAGCCUAUGUCUUGGCCUCGUCAUUGACGCAGAUUCCUUUCGCCAUCUUGGAGACUGUACUCUUCGGGGCGAUCGUCUACUGGAUGGGAGGCUACGUGGCUCUGGCUGACAGAUUCAUCUCGUUUCUCGUCACGCUUUUCCUGUGUCAAACGUGGUUCACAGCCUUCUUCUUCUUCCUCUCGGCUGCCUCUCCCAGCAUCACGAUGGCUCAGCCAGUAAUGAUGGUCUCCAUCUUCUUCUUCAUGCUUAUUCGCUCGCUUAGUGUUAACCAGUAUUUGGCACAGAAAUACGAUGUCUGUGUGUACGGGGGGAUCGACUACUGCUCUCGUUUCGGAACUACAUUCGGUAAGUAUAGUCUCCAACUCUCUGGGUUGCCAACGGGAGCGAUAUGGAUCUACUUGGGGUGGCUCUACUUUGUAGUCGGGUACAUCGUUCUCGUUCUAGCAGCACAUUUAGUGCUUGAGUACAAACGCUACGAAAGCCCAGAGAGCACACCAGUGGUGCAAGCUGAUCUCGAUGCCAAAGAGGGGCCUUCAGAAGCUAUGACGAAUGUUGGCAACGCGUCGGCCACAGUCCCAGAAGAUGUUGCGGUAUCCAUCGUCACCCCGAGAGCACCACGAGCUCCACCCGUCACGUUGGCUUUCCAGGAUCUAUGGUAUUCCGCGUCUCUGGCUAUGCCAAACCUGGAACCAUGA